AUGGUCGAUACCAGCCAGUUGUCGAUUCAAAAUUUGAGCAAACCUAAAGAUGCGUUCGAACAACUAGACGAUGAGGAAGGGACGAAGCAAGGCUUGAUUCACAUCCGCAUUCAGCAGCGAACAGGUCGAAAAACGAUCACCACUGUGCAGGGCAUCGCCGGGGAAUAUGAUCUUAAGAAAAUCGUGCGCUACCUGAAAAAGGAGUACAACUGCAACGGUACCGUGGUGGAACACCCAGAGUACGGCGAGGUGAUUCAACUGACCGGUGACCAGAGGCAUAACAUCAAGGAAUUUCUGGUGAAGGUUGGCAUCGCAAAGGACGAAAACUGCAAAGUUCACGGAUUCUAA